GCGGAGCCGAUCGGAGGAGCUCCUCCGCGGUGCUGUCUCUCCCGUGCGCACGAUGGGCAGCGGCGCUGUGGGUUGCAGCCCUGCCUGAAUUCCGGGCUGGCUGGGCUGGGCUGGGCUGUGCAUGCCCCUAGAAGAAGCCCCAGCUUCACCCCUCCUGCAAAAGGAGGCGCCGGCAGCAAGCGGGUCCGCGCGGAAAGUCAAAGCUCUGCCUCGGAAGCGCCUGCUCCGCGUCCUUAAGAAGGCAGUACUGACGGUGAGAGCAUCUCAACAAAGUCUCCUAGCAACUUCCCUGCCCUCCAAACUGCCCCCCCCCUUCCGCCAGGGCUUAGAUGACAGCUGGGGACAGACGGAGCACAAGGUCAAUUGAUGAGCCCGCCCUGGCAGUCUAUAAAUAGGUGACGGACGACGGUAAGGAUGGGGCAGAAAGUCACUGGUGGGAUAAAGACGGUGGAUAUGAGGGACCCGGCGUACAGGCCUCUCAAGCAUGAGCUCCAGGGAUUGGAUUACUGCAAGCCUGCCCGCCUGGACCUGCUUCUGGACAUGCCUGCGGUCUCCUAUGAGGUUCAGCUGGUGCACUCGUGGAACAAUGACGACCGGUCGCUCAACGUCUUCGUGAAGGAGGACGACAAGCUCAUAUUUCACCGGCAUCCGGUGGCCCAGAGUACGGACGCGAUCCGAGGCAAAGUGGGGUACACACGGGGUCUCCACGUCUGGCAGAUAACAUGGGCAAUGAGGCAGCGGGGCACACAUGCGGUGGUAGGUGUGGCCACAGCGGAUGCCCCUUUGCAUUCAGUGGGGUACACGACUCUCAUUGGGAACAACCACGAGUCGUGGGGCUGGGACCUCGGGCGGAACCGGCUCUACCACGAUGGGAAAAAUCAGCCAAGUAAAACCUACCCUGCUUUUCUUGAGCCGGACGAGACGUUCAUUGUACCGGACUCGUUCCUGGUGGUCCUGGAUAUGGAUGACGGGACAUUAAGCUUCAUCGUAGAUGGACAGUACAUGGGGGUCGCGUUCCGGGGACUCAAAGGGAAAAAGCUGUACCCUGUGGUGAGCGCCGUAUGGGGGCACUGUGAAAUUAGGAUGCGCUACUUGAACGGGCUUGACCCGGAACCCUUGCCUCUGAUGGACCUUUGCCGGCGCUCCGUGCGCCUCGCUCUGGGCAAGGAUCGGCUGAACGAGAUCCACGCACUGCCACUGCCUGAAUCACUAAAGAGCUACCUUCUCUACCAAUGACACCCGUUUGGGGUUGGGAGGACAGAUUUGUGCAACAAGCCGAGUGAGGCCGCUGGUUUAGCGGUGGCAUCUCUGGACAGCGAUUCUGUUAGUUCUAUAAUACAUACAUGACACCCACCCUCUUAAUUUGACACUUCUUCAGUAGGUCCCAGUUCAAAAUCUAUUCCCUCUUAUGAUGCCAAAUGCAAGCCACAUGAAGAGCGCCCUUUUAGUGGAAUCACACUGCAAGAAUCUGGACUGGAGGAGAGAUCCCAGCCAUAUGCAAUCAAGACAACUGACACAAACCAAUAGAACCUCUUGGUGCCACCUCCUGUGCCCAGUUCUUGACUAACAGCCAUGUGGAACGCUUUCCGUGGUCGCUUCUGCUCUUCUAUACUGGCCAGGGGUGGCCACCCCACUAAAUCUGAGAAAGAGCAUUGGAAAAGGAACAGUCAACAUGGUGGAGGAUGAUACCAGGUGCUAAUGGUGGUGAGUGGUGCUGAACACCAACCUGAGGAUUACAAAAAUCAAAACUUGCCCCACAAUGCUUCCGUGGGAGAACAGCAACGCCAAAAACUGAGUUCCAUGUGGACGCGUGUUUGGGACUACAGUACUGAGAUAAGCAGCCGCUGCUGAUGUCAAAGUCGUGUCUUGCCCUCCGUUCGAAUGCUGUUAUGUCCUUGGCCUUAUUUUUGUGUGUUGUCCCCAUGGGCCCUGUGCACUUAUGGUGGGGCACAAGGCAUAGGCACUCCCAUCAGUCCACUUUCUGGGAAUUGACUUGAACCUUUAACUUGGCACUGGGGAUGUUUCUGGAGCUGCUCUAGUCCACUCCUGCAUGGGACAUGGUUGUGGCUGAUCUUGAAUCUGCUCUUCCAGGCUGAGUGUCUUAACGUGACCUAACUCUUCCUAUUAGUUCAUGCUCCGGUCAGAAUCUUAGCUGGGAAAACACUCUGGCCAUAAAAUGGCUUUGAAACGGGUGUGCCUGCUGGGUUUUCUCUUUCCUAAAUGGCUCCAUGAUCCUUCAGAGUUACAGUUUGGGUCGCCAUUCUGUGUCUGGACCCAGGCCUCCCCGCUUGCUCUACUGCAAUAUAGCAGUAAUGAGACUUGAUUCGCCUUUUUGAGGUCCCAGUCAUAUGGUAGGCAAGGGGCUUUGCCAAUGAACCAGUUAGAUGCUAGUUCCUGCCUGCCUGAUUGGGGCAGACAAAAGGAUCUGGCCCUUCUCCUUUGCCAUGUAAUGUCUUGCUUUUCUGACUUGGGUCUAUGAAUGCUGCAGAUGCAGGCAGCCUGGUGCACCAAACUGCGUUGAACUUGGAUUCGAGAGAGGCUUUCUUACCAUCCAGUCUGAUGCUAAGCAGAGCUGGAAUGCAGGUUAGCAGUCAGGUACAGAAUCCUUCGCUUGUGAAUGGUGCUCCAUCCCUUGAGCUUGCAAAGCACCUGAAGAAACUGGGGUGGUGUCGAAGCACGCACACACAUCGGCAUCUGGUACAGGGGGUGUAAGGAGUGUGAAUGAACACUAAAACCUGGAGGGCUUGAUUGGGGUUCUUGCUGCAGGUCAAGGCAAUGGAAGGGUGAGUGUAGAAAAACGAGCUCCCCUCUAGUGAAGCCAUUGGAGGGGCACUGUGAGCGAGCUUCUAGGUUGCCUUAUGGAGGGCCUUAUUUUGCACAGGGUUUCUUCUUCAUGGGGGAGGGAAACACGUUUGUCUCUUUUUCCACCGGGUUUGCGUAGGGUAUGUCUGUUCCUUUUCGUUUGGCAUAGGUACAGAUGAGCAUAUUUGUUAGAAAAGGUUAAUAUAUAUAUAUAUUGUGUUUGUAUGCAAAAGGACUGUGUGGGGUGUGUGUGUGUGUGUGUUUUAAAAAGCUGCUGUAGGGCGUUAUGUUUUUUUUAAAUGAAGAAAAUAGCCUAUUUUUUAAAAAGCACACGUUUGACGCCAAGAUCAGAGCUGGGAGGAGUGUUUGACCUGCCUCCUUUCUCUUCUUUUCUUUUUUUAAAGUAAAACCUGUUACAGGGUGAGACACUUAAAAUUGCACAGUGAAUUUUAAUAUGUACAGAGCCUAGCAUUUUGUAAAAUUGCCUUCAGCCCUAUCUGUGUCUUCCACUGUCACUAGCAUUUGGCCACCCACAUCUCCGCUGUUACUCGACAACUCUCUCUUCUCCUUUCCUGUUUUAUCUCCGGUUGAAGCCCCCAUCCACCCACCCUUGGUGUAUCUGGCUUGUACAGUUUUUAAAUCCCCUCACUCUCUUUUUCCUAUUGGCUGUAGAUAAUCGGUAACCAAAUAAAGUUUAUUGAAUAUUGAAAGCCA